GCUGGGAGUAAGUCAAGUGCUAGUUCCUCACUGAAAUCACAUGAUGGCAAAUCUGGGAAUUCCUGCUUCAUUUAUGAGUGUGCACAGGAUGCAAUGUCAGUCUCUCCCCAAUGCUUAAGAGAUGCUUACUACAAAGAACUGAGCUGAAUUCCACAGCGACAUAGUCAUUUACUCAAAUAAACUCUCUAUUCAGAAAACAUCAGGCAUCUUGCGGAUCCCUCGGCUGAACCAAGCCUUUUAUUUUUAACAUCUGUGCACCUUCUUUUUUUUUUUUUUUUUUUUAUUUUGGAGGUUUUUAUUUUCAAACAAAAGAACUGCUUCAAGAAUUCUUCAAAAGAGCAGGUCACCAGGAGUUAGUCUUAAACAUCACUGGAACAAAGAAGGGAAACCACGGAUGACAGAAUUGCUGAAAUUUAGAGCUGAACAGAUCCUGGAGAACACCCCCCAGGGACAGAUGUACUUGGAUAACAAAGAUGACAGUACAAUUUCUAGACAACAAGAGAUGGAGCUGAAUCAGACAUCUUUACAUCAAACCAGUUUAUCUGCAAAGGUGGCAGCCAAACCCGUGACCAGAAGUUGCAAUGAGCUGCGGCUAUUAAAAGAGUAUCAUGGCAUGGUAGCGAAUCUUGGAGAGCCACAGACCCUGUGUGAAAAACCAGCAAUAGGGGAGGAUGGCUGCAUUGCUCUUGGGAAAGAUUUCAGUCCUGUCCCCAUGCAGGGAAGAUAUCACUUCAAUUUUUCCAAAUUAUUCAGCUUAAGGUCAAAAAACACUGGCUUUACAGAGAAGACACCACUACUGAAGGUUUCCUCAGAGGAAAAUGGGUUGCAGUGCAUGGCUCUUCAUAAUCCAGAUUUUGCCACAGAUGAUGAUUCAUGGGAAAACAGCUCUGCAGAAUUUGAGCAAAGGUUUCAACUGGGAAGUGAAAUGACAAGUUUGUCCAGAUCUGCUUCUUCUGAGAAACAUGAAAUCUUGGACAACCUUCCUGUCAAAUUCAAUUUAUCAAAGAUGAGAUGCUGUCUAAAAUUCCUAAAAGUUUCAUGCCUUUUUAUCUUUGUAGUUGUCUGCUCUAUUUUAUUUGGCAUUUAUCCAGAUCAAGGUGUGCCCUGGCAGAUGUUGGCUGUAUCACCUCUGGAAAGCUUCUCUAUGAAUCUGACUGAUUUUCAUGAUUCUGCUCUGUUGAAGUUAGACAUAGGAGGCCCAUUUGUAGCAGAUGUAGUUGAUCAGCAAACAGAGGAAUACAUUGUUGUACAAAUCAGCCAGACUGAAGACGCUGGAUUAAGGGAGAGACGCCAGCAGCAGGUGGUAUACAACUGGUCUCUACCCUUAAGCUCAAGAAGAAAUCAGCAAAUCAUCACAACUAGAAUCUUUCAGAUACCAAACAGAGGCACCAUCUUCAUAAACAUUCAAGCUUUCUUACAGGAGCCUGGAAGUGUUCCUCUCUCCAUGAAACAUCAAUACCUUCGUGCAAAUAUAGAGGCACAAGUAACAAUUGCGUCCAUCAUCUUAGUAGGUGUCUACGUGCUGAUAAUACUGGAAAUUGUUCACAGGACCCUUGCAGCGAUGCUGGGCUCUCUGGCAGCUUUAGCCACCUUAGCUACUGUUGGGGAGAGGCCAAGUAUGGUCAAAGUGGUGGAGUGGAUUGAUUAUGAGACACUGGCGCUGCUCUUUGGAAUGAUGGUUUUGGUGGCCAUAUUUUCAGAGACUGGAUUCUUUGACUACUGUGCAGUAAAGGCUUAUCGACUCUCUAGAGGCAAGGUGUGGGCCAUGAUUACGCUGCUGUGCCUCAUUGCUGCAAUUCUUUCUGCAUUUUUGGACAAUGUUACCACUAUGCUGCUCUUUACUCCAGUAACCAUAAGGCUCUGUGAAGUACUUAAUCUUGAUCCUAGGCAUGUCCUGAUUGCAGAAGUAAUCUUCACAAAUAUUGGGGGGGCUGCCACAGCUGUUGGGGAUCCUCCAAAUGUGAUUAUUGUUUCAAAGCAGGAGCUGAGAAAUAAGGGAUUGGAUUUUGCAGCCUUCACAGGGCAUAUGUUUGUUGGCAUCUGCCUUGUUGUUCUGGUCUCCUUUCCUUUUCUCAGACUUCUUUACUGGAACAAAAAACUUUACAAUAAGGAGCCAAGUGAAAUUGUUGAGCUGAAACAUGAGAUCUAUGUUUGGCGACUGACUGCACAGCGCAUUAACCCAGCCAGCAGAGAGGAGACUGCAGUGAAAUGCCUCUUGAUGCAGAAGGUGCUGACUCUGGAGAUGCUCCUGAGGAAGAAGUUGAGCACGUUCCACAGGCAAAUUUCACAGGAAGAUAAAAACUGGGAAACAAAUAUUCAGGAACUCCAGAAAAAACACAGAAUAACAGACAAAAUUCUUCUCAUCAAAUGCCUGACUGUACUGGGAUGUGUUAUUCUUAUGUUUUUUCUCAACUCGUUUGUUCCAGGCAUCUACCUAGAUCUUGGCUGGAUUGCCAUCUUGGGAGCCAUUUGGCUGCUAGUGCUAGCAGACAUCCAUGAUUUUGAGAUGAUUUUGAACAGAGUUGAGUGGGCAACCCUUCUUUUCUUUGCAGCGUUGUUUGUUCUCAUGGAGGCUUUGGCUCAUCUGCACUUAAUAGACUAUAUAGGAGAGCAGACAGCUUUGUUAAUAAAGGUGGUUCCUGAGGACCAGCGCUUGGCAGUGGCCAUCAUUUUAGUGCUCUGGGUGUCUGCCUUGGCCUCCUCCGUGAUCGACAAUAUCCCCUUCACAGCUACAAUGAUUCCUGUGCUUCUCAACCUGAGUAAAGAUCCUGAUGUUAACUUGCCAAUGAAACCAUUGAUCUUCUCGUUGGCCAUGGGUGCAUGCCUUGGAGGUAAUGGAACAUUGAUUGGAGCAUCUGCAAACGUUGUUUGUGCAGGAAUUGCUGAACAACAUGGUUAUGGCUUCUCUUUCAUGGAGUUUUUCAGGAGAUCAGGAACCAGAAAGUCUUUUGUCUUCACUGAAGCCAACUGUAGACAGCAGAGACAUUGAUUGGCAAGUUGCAUACAUACAUAUCCAACAUGUGCCUUGACUCUGUAUUCCACCUUCCAGGAUAAUUUAUAGAGCCAGAAAGCCUGUGAAGGAUUUUUCCAGACCUUCCCAAAGACCACAUAAAGCCUUGAUCCUGGGAGUGCCGAACCUCUCUGAAAACCUGGAGGGGAGCUCCUAGCAACUCAUUUUGGUAUGCAGAGCAGCUUUGGAAGCAAGGCUGUGUAGGUCCAUGGAAGGUAGUUUAGCUAAAUCUCCUCUUCCAUACAGAGCAGUAUAUUACAUGGUCCCUGGCCCACUCACCCAGGGACUGGUCCCCCACAACCCUCACAUGUCUCAUGGGGAGAGCACUAAGGAAAUGUUCUGAUGACAGAGUUAACAUCUAAACAGCACUCUAGUAUGAGGCUAUUUCUUGUCUGGUCAAUCAGAUGAUGCCCCUGUAGCUAAGAACAUGAAGGAGCAAUUGUCAUCUGUAUCCAGGUUAGGACUUAAUGGUCUGGAUGGGUGGGUAACUACCUGGGUAAAAUGCUGUUUGGAUUAUCAGUAGUUAAUGGGUCAUACCCUGCAUGGAUGCCUGUGAUGAGUACUGCAGAGGUCUGUCCUGGGACCUGUCCUGUUUAAUGUCUUUAUCAGUGACGUGGCAGAGGUGGCAGAGAGCAUUCUAGUCAAGUUUGCAGAUGACACCAAGUUGAGGGAAAAGCUAAUAUGCUCAAGGGUAGGGCUAUCAUCCUGAGGGACCCAGACAGGUUGGAGGAAUGUGCCAACAGAAACCUCAUAAAAUUCAACACGGACAAAUGCAAAGACCACCUCUAGAUACUGUGUCCAGUUUUGGGCCCCCCAAAAAGGAAAGACAUGGACAAAUUAGAAGAAGCUUAGUGGAGGGCCCCAAAGGUGAUGGGGCUGGAGUGCUUGUCUCAUGUGGAGAGUUGAUCUUGUUCAGCCUGGAGAAGGGAUGUUUUUGGGGACACCUAACAGCUCCCCCAGUACCUACGAGGGGUCAUCAAGGAGAUAGAGCCAGGCUCCUUGCAGUGGUGCGUGGCAGGAGGGCAACAAUGGGCACAAGUUGAAACAAGAGAGGAGAACCUGCUUCCCAAGAGUAGAGUCAGACAGUGAGCAGGUUGCCCAGAGAGGCUGAGCAGUGUCCAUCCUUCGAAUUGUGCAAAGCCCUGAGCAACCUGGUCUGAUCUCAUAGCUGACUGUGCUUUGGGCAGGAUCUUAAACUAGCUGACAUCCCAAGAUCCCUUCCAACUGAAUUUUCCUAUCAGUCCUAUGAUCUUCUCUCAGCAGCUUCUCCUUCUACACUUUUUUUUUAACCAAGAUUUCCUAGGCUGUAGCCUUUUCAGAUCUUUUAGCAGGGAAGCAGUUUGGAUUCAGGUUGCUUCUCUCUUAUCAUUCUCUGUGAAGUAAAGUGUCUCCUGUCAUUGGACGAAGAAGAAAAUGUGAAAGUCAAAUCUGACAGUUAGGAUGUACAACAUAGAUCCCUACAUCUGGGCUACUUGUCUAGACUCCCACUGUAACUGAUAGAGAGAGAGAGACAUAUUUGGGAUGACAUUAAUCUUAUCUGAAGGCAUAUAUCUAAAAUAGGUUGUCUGGAUCACGCAUAAGAAUGUUUUUCUCCACUGGCUAUGUCGGAAGUUUAGAUGAAUAGCUCAGUUGUAGCUUCCCAUAAUAUAGUUGCCCACAGAGUUAAAUGAGAUCAUUUGUAUCUGAAAUGCCUGCAACUACCCACCACCCUUUCUAUCUGCUCUGUACGCUGAGCGCUGUAUGACAGACUGAAACCAACCAGCUCCUGAGAUCCCUUGCCUUUGCAGGUGGUGGCAUGUGAAGCCCUGUGGGAAUAAUUCAAAGGUAGCAUGAAUCUGUGGGCAAAAAUGGCUUUGUCCAUUGUACAGAAGACACAAAGGGCUGACAGAGCUUCAGAAACAAUUUAAUCUUGAUAACAUAAAUGACAAUUCUGUCAUACCUGCCAUCGUAGCAUGAAUCAGGUUGAAACAGUCUCCCCUUUCCCCUGUUUUUGACUCAGUAGCUGACAGCUCAUUUUUCAAGGCUUAAUACUUCUAGGGGUGGGGGAAAGGAGAAGAAAUACUAGGAAACCAGCAUUGCAAUUAUGUACCUUAAUCCUACUAGCUGAAUGAUAAUCCCAAAUUACUCCUUCUGCCUGCAGAAGGAUCAGGAGCUCUUAGCUGAUCCUGCUUCACGUUCCUAUUUAUUAGGUUUGUAUACAGUUCCUCUGAGUACUUUUCGUAUAUGAAAGAAUCAUAUGCCGGGGACCCUGACUGUAGUUGCAAAAUUUCAGGAGGGGGAGAGGAACUCAAUUUUAAGACUGAGGCCUGAAUGAUCUUCUACAUCUUUUAUACACAGAUACACACACACGAGGCUGCAGGAUACCUGGGUCUUGGGAAAUUAAACACGCUAUCUCCAGCUGACGGUUCCAGUGAUUAGUGUGCAGAGACCUUUCAUAUCUCAAAGCACCAGCACAUUAAUCUGAUCAAUUUAGGCAAGUGACAUCAGUUAUAUACAGUCAUAUUUUAGCAGCAGCCUCAAAUCUGCAAUGAUCAGACUGUGUUAAUUUACUGCCUAAGUACAGCAAUAGCUUAGAAGAAAACUCAUUUUCGACUUUGCUAAAAAACACCCAAGUUCCAUUUCUAGCUAGAAGCUUUUCAUAACUAGAUUCAAUCCCGUAAGUCAGAGCAAAGAAUUUAAUACUUUUGGUCGUGUUCCCAUUAAGUUAAUGGCAAAACCACAAUUUUGCUCUUUAUGUUCCUUUCAGCAAGUAAUUUAUGACUCAUGAAUUUACUUGUUAUUACCUGACAACAUUUUUCUGUCAUUUCCUCCCCUCUCCCUACUAUGUGGUUUUCUGUGAAUGGUUUGUGGCAGAUAAUGAAGCCACACUGUUUGAAAUCGGACUCAUUCUGGCCAAAGCUGCAUGGAAUUUUUCUUCUUUCUGACUGAAUGAACAUGUGACAGUCAGUAUGAUGUGUACCUGAGAGAAAAGAUCAUUGAAGAUGUCACCAGGUAAGCAAGGAGUAUGGAACAAGUAGAAGCUUAGAGAUGAUAAGGAGGAUCUGGGAGACUUUUAGCAAUCUAAACCUUUUUCUUUUCUUGGUCUGACCUGUGUCAAGGAAGGAAAAUAGCCUAAUAUGAAGGUUUCUGGCUCUAAGCCUUUGGUAGAAUUUUAGCGUAAUUUUUCAUCACAUUCAAUCAAGUAAUAGUACAUGAACAUAAUAAAAAUAGAAGGCAUAAUUCUGGUUCUGAUUCUGUUGAUUAGGAAGAUUUUUGUCAUUGAUUUCAAUGAAAUCAGGCUUUUACAUGAGGU